GAUAUAUACAUUCAUCCAUAUAUAUCCGUCCGUAACCCGGUCUUGAUCAUUCUUGGCGUUUAUCUCUCAUCUCUUUUCUUUUGUCCAGCUCAUAUCUUAUCUUAAUAGCAACAACCACAAACAACCACCCUCGGUUCUUCACUGUCACAAGACGGAAAACGAACCGAUCAUCUAUUCGCCCCCUCCUGCCGAUCUCAACUCUUCUCGAACUGUUCAUCGACGACAUCGACAAACAAACACCAUCCUCUUCCAUCUCGUCGCAUCACGGCCACUGAGUAGCCACAGGCCGGAUGUCGAGCGACGUGGCAAUGGAAAAGGUCCCCAUUCCCGUGCCGUUCCCUCCUCCGGCCGCCGUCGACGAUGUCGAUUCGACUCUCGGAAAAGACGAUGGCGUCCACGUUCACUAUGGCGACGCCAUAAGCCCCCUCGAGAAGGGUCUUCUCUGGAAACAAGAUCUACGCAUCAUCCCGCUAUCAGGCGCCAUUUACUUCCUCUCCUUCCUCGACCGAACGAAUAUCGGAAACGCCAUGAUCCUCAAUUCGUCGACCAACAACGAUAUGCAGCGCGAGACCAACAUGACCGACCACCAAUUCGUCAUUUCUCUAAUGGUCUUCCUCGUCUCCUAUGCGGUGUUCGAAGUUCCAAGUAACAUGCUUCUCAAGAAACUGCGACCCAGCCGUUGGCUCGCUUUUCUCAUGUUUUGCUGGGGUGCAAUGACGAUAUUGACGGCUGCCACCAAUAACUUCGGCAGUGUUACAGCUGUGCGAUUCCUACUGGGUGUUUUCGAGGCUGGAUUGUUUCCUGGAUUAGUGUUCUACUUGACCUUUUGGUACAAGCACGAUGAGCGCAGUGUUCGCGUCGCAUUCAUCCUCGCAUCUGCCACUCUCGCCGGCGCAUUUGGCGGCGCAAUUGCCUAUGGCAUCGGCCACAUGAACGGCACAGCUGGCCUGUCUGGCUGGCGCUGGCUCUUCAUUAUUGAGGGCAUCCCAUCUUGCCUAGCCGCCUUCCUGGUUCUAUUCUUCCUACCCGAUUAUCCGGAGCGGGCAAAAUGGUUAUCUGAAGCAGAGAAGGACAUGGCUAUCCAUCGAUUGUACUAUGAGGGUUCUAAGGAAUCGCAUCCGACGAUGAACUGGGCAGAGGCCAAGGAAACCUUGAUGGACUGGCGAUUGUAUGCGCAUUAUGCAAUUUACUUUGCGUCUGGCCCGGCAUUUGCGAGUUUGAGUUUGUUUGCGCCCUCAAUCACCGUUGGAUUGGGAUAUUUCGACUUGAAGGCACAAUUGAUGACCGUGCCUCCAUGGGCUAUUGCUUAUAUCUGCCAGGUUUUGGUGGCUUGGUCGGCGGACCACUUCAACGCCCGAGGUGUUCACACAGCCAUAGCUGCAGCCGUGGGCGCCAUUGGCUUCAUUAUAUCGGCUGCGCUUCCGGCCGACGCCUAUAAAGCCCGCUACGGAGGUUUAAUCAUGGCAACGGCCGGCUCCUUUGCAUGCAUGCCACCCAUGCUGGGAUGGCUCAGCUCCAAUGUGUUUACGACGGCCUCUACCGGUCUUGCCAUUGCCCUCAACGUUAGUCUCGGUGGGGGAAUUGGGCAGAUCCCCGGUGUUUGGAUCUACCAAACGUCGCAGCGAGAAGGAGGAUUUACGACAGGGCACUGGGUCAAUGCGGCUCUGCUACUGUUUGUGUCAGUGAUGGCCCUGGGUCUGAGGAUGUUUUAUGGUUGGAAGAAUCGGCAGUUGAGAGAAUAUGCCGAAAGUCGCGCAGUGCCUUAUCGAUGCUAUAAGUUGUAGGGAGACAUGUUCUUCAUGAUAUGUUAUGUUAUGAAUUAUUCAACGAGUUCAAAAGCCGAGUCUGUUCAUAUUGCGUGAGGAUGAUAUUCGGAUCCUUGCAC